UGUGGCUCCUGCCCCCUUGUGCUUGUCGCUGGCAGUUGCUGUUGUUUGGCGUGUUUGGCUCCUCCCCUGGCUCCCUAGCUGCCCCGUGUCCACUCCCCAUCAAGCACUGUCCACUCACGGUCCGCGUCGCACUGGCCAACCAAAGUACGCCCGGGCCAGCCCCCCCUAAGACGCCUCAUCCCAAGAAAGGGCAGGAAAUUCGUUCCCCUGAAGCACGAGCUCCCAAACCUCCACCUCGCCUAGUUCUCGUUCGACAUCAUUGCAGCCGGCCGCGAACCUGCAUUGCUUCCGUCUGCUUGCCGAUUCUCUGCAUCUCGCCUCCGACUACCCGUCUCGAUCGAUAUCCUCCUCGUUUAACGUUUAUCCCGUGAACUCUGCCCAAGAUGGCUUCCGCAGCUGCUGAGAGCGCCUCACCGAUUGGCAUUGCCAAUCUCCCCAACCAGCGACACAAGAUUGUCGCGAAGCGCGGUGCUGGCUUCACCAUUAUGGUCGCUGGCGAGUCUGGCCUCGGCAAGACCACCUUCAUCAACACCCUGUUCUCCACCACCAUCAAGAACUAUGCCGACCACAAGCGUCGCCACCAGAAGCAGGUCGACAAGACCGUCGAGAUCGAGAUCACCAAGGCUGAGCUCGAGGAGAAGUUCUUCAAGGUCCGACUGACCGUCAUCGACACCCCCGGUUUCGGCGACUAUGUCAACAACCGCGACUCCUGGAUGCCCAUCAUCGAGUUCCUCGACGACCAGCACGAGUCCUACAUGCUUCAGGAGCAGCAGCCCCGCCGCCAGGACAAGAUCGACCUCCGUGUCCAUGCCUGCCUCUACUUCAUCCGCCCCACCGGCCACACCCUCAAGCCCCUCGACAUUGAGGUCAUGAAGAGGCUCUGCUCUCGCGUCAACCUGAUCCCCGUCAUUGCCAAGGCUGACACCCUCAGCCCUGCUGAUCUGGCCAAGUUCAAGCAGAGAAUCGUCUCUGUCAUCGAGGCCCAAAACAUCAAGAUCUACCAGCCCCCGAUCGAGGAGGAUGACGAGGCCGCUGCCCAGCACGCUCGCAGCCUGAUGAACGCUAUGCCCUUCGCUGUUAUCGGUUCCGAGAAGGACGUCAAGACUAGCGAUGGUCGCAUUGUCAAGGGUCGCCAGUACUCUUGGGGUGUUGCCGAGGUCGAGAACGAGGACCACUGCGACUUCAAGAAGCUCCGCUCUAUCCUGAUCCGAACCCACAUGCUCGAUCUCAUCCACACUACCGAGGAGCUGCACUAUGAGGCCUACCGCGCCCAGCAGAUGGAGACCCGCAAGUUCGGCGAGGCCCGUCCCCGAAAGCUCGACAACCCCAAGUUCAAGGAGGAGGAGGAGGCUUUGCGCAAGCGCUUCACCGAGCAGGUCAAGAUCGAGGAGCAGCGCUUCCGACAAUGGGAGCAGAAGCUCAUCUCCGAGCGCGACCGUCUCAACAAGGACCUCGAGCAGACCCAUGCUCAGAUCAAGCAGCUGGAGGCCGAACUCGAGUCUAUGCAGGGCAGCGCUGUCCGCAGCCACGGCCGCCGUUAAGCUGGUCGGAGCAGGGUCAACGUUCUUUUGCGAUUGCAGUUGGACAGUCGUGGUUUUGUCAUUUCUCUUACCUGUGGCUCCAGUUCGGGGUUUGGAGUUGAAAAAAAUGAAAGGUCCAAGAAUACCACAAGGGGAGGGAGGAGACGGGGGCCCGCGUUCAUGGAUAUUCCUGCCCGCCGUCUCCGAGGGAGGAAGCGGGGAGUGUGGCUCGUUGGGACGGCUCCAUGGCUAUGGCUGUGGAGUCAUGAUACCAAUAUCUUGUCCGCGUUUUCCGCCCCUUGGUUGCGUCAGCAGCUAAGCACCAGAAGUACGACCCCGAAACGAAACAAGACGUAUGGAGAAAGCUUUGAUAGUCUUGCCCUUUUUUAUUUGCACCUUUUACUAGAGCCCUUCUCGCAGCUAGGCACUUUUUAGUCCCCAUGUAAUUCAGUCACCACCUUUCAUGAUACCAGCUUAAGAU